AUGGCUACAUGUAUAAUGAAAGCAACAGGAGACUACUACAACAUAUCAAAGCUAGUUGAUACGUGUGAUUGUCCAUUGUCGUGUUCAUACACACAAUAUGACGUGUCAUUGACGUCAUCACUAUUUCCAUCGGAUUUCUACAGUGAGAAGAUCUUUGAUGUCAAUGGAGUAAAAGAUGUAAACUAUUACAGAAAAAACUACAUAUCCCUCCAUAUUUAUUUUGACCAACUUUCUACAACGAUAUCAAAGCAGGUACCAAAAUAUUCCUCUGCUGGAGAUAUAUUUGCUAAUCUUGGAGGCCAGAUGGGAUUGUUCCUUGGAGCCAGUAUCGUUACCCUCACAGAACUUUUAGAGUUUCUGGUAUUUGCUGUCUGGACAUUUGUUUGCAACCUAAGAAGCAGGGAAAACAGAAUGGGAAAAAUAGCAAUCAAAUAAUGAUAAAAACAAGAUUGCUCAAAGUGGAAAUAUGCACAGUUUGAUUUGCAUUCAACUUGCUACUAGUGAAAAGACAAGUGCUGGUUAUACUCUCACAUACAUUACGAAUGGUGUACAAUCAAUAAUAAAUUCUCUCAUUUA